ACCAUAGUCACGUCAUGUCGGCACCACCAUGUUGUAGGAAAUCCACUGCUGUUCCUCACUUGCUGUCAGAUUACAAUUUAAUCCGAGGGGGUGGAUACACUGUCAAGAAACUGCCUGUAUCCUGGAAGGACACUCGGUUUGUAGCGCGCUGACAAACACGACUUCACUUUUCUUCUUCUGUAUGUGUGUUUUUUUCCUCCCUUUUUUAACUCGCACCACAAAGAAGAUGAGGACAGUGUCUUCCGUCGCUGUGUUUGCCAGUCCACUGUACUGCGAAUACGUGAGGAUGUUAGCUGGCUAACUAGCUGAGACAGAGUAAGGUUAACUAACAUUAAAUCGGAUUAGCUGUCAACUGCAUCCUCCCACUGGAUAAUAACCAGGUAAUACUCGCAGAACCAGUCGCCUCAGUUAUUUUUCAGCUGUUUAUCAAAUUUCGAGUUUAUCCUAGUAGUAUUAUUAUUACUCAGACUGUAAACAUUUAUCACAUGCUAGCAUUAAUGUUGCUGAGAACUAGCUAGGAUAGCCCAACCAGGACAAGAGCUGCUUCCUCUCCGCAAGCUGGAAAACUAUUAGUUGGAAAAGCUUUUAUUGAAUUUUUGCCUUUGACAGCUGAAGACUGAGACGAAACAGACCACCGGGUUAAUGUGCUAGCUUGUCCUCGGGCUCGCUGGCUGGAGAACUGACCAAGAUUUUCUUGUUGACCUAACUCUACGGACGCAGUAAAGAUGUCAGGAAAGGAUAAAGACAAAGACAAACAAGAGAAACAGUCCACGACGGAGAGGCUGAUAAAAGGUGAGUGUCUUCAACAUAUAUUAAUUCAAACUUAUUCCCCCAGAUUGAACAAACCCACCAUUAUUUGUCACUGAAGUUGACAUACAUCAUAUCUGAAUUGGUUUGAUGUUCCUCACAAUCUUUUUUCCACAGCUGUUUGCUCUGGCUUCAUUGGACAGACCUUACAUGUUCAGCCGGGUCAGCCCAAGUCAAUACAAACAGAGCAUAAUCUCAGGUAGCUGCCAAGAUCCAUUAAGAGCUGCUAGGCGGCCUCUUUUAAGAAGCCAGCUGCUUUUACAACAACCACCACUACCAUACUUGAUGCCACCACAUAUCCACCAAUCUGCAUUAUUUUGGAAAGAGCAGUUUUAACAGAGGACUGAAGUGUUCAAGUGUAAACCAGCAGGGAAUGAAUGAGUUUGAUGCUCCCUAUAAUGAGACAAUAUAGACAUUUCACAGGGAGAGGAAGAAAAGCCCUUUACAUCAUGCAUUUUGAAUAUGAUUGGAAGAGUUGUAUGAACAUGAUUGAUAAAAAUUUGAAAUAAAAGUGUUCAAUAUUGAUAUCGGGUGAUAUUUACCUCCUUGCACAUAGUUGUAGUGGUGUUUUUAGACUAACUGAGCAGACCACCCUGUGCUGCUCUUCUGUCACUUCUGCAUUUCAUCAGAUUGUUUCUCCCAAACAAGAGUAUUAAAAUACAGUACAUCAUUUAAAUUUAAACAUUUCUAGUGCUUCAUUUAACAUUUGGGUCAGUUUUGUUAUAACCUAAACUAGAUAAUUACUAACCUCAGAGUGUCAAAUAAAAUAAAGAGAUAUGAAAUCAGUGAUAUGGCUUUCUAGUUUGACAACGCAUCCGCUCAUAAUGAGAGAAAUCCAAAGUCGUGUCUAUGAUUCAUCCAGUCACAGCCUGCUUCUUUCAGUCGCCUCAGUCACACCUUUGUAAUUCAGUACUCCGUCUAUUGUGCUGUUUUUAUCACAACAGUGGGCGGAUUCUAAAUGCUGCUUUGUAUUACUUAUCUUAAACGAUCUGAUCUUUUGGCAGGAUAGAAGAUGGGAGUGUAUUUGUCGCUUGAGUUGUUGUCAUUUGAGACAGUGAAGGUGUAGCUUCGACACGCAGCAGCCCUGUGUGUUUGUGUGUUGUUGUUGUUGUUGUUGUAGACUUCACUGGAUAUUAAUGCUAAUUAGUCCUGGCAGUCUUUACAAAGAAGUGAAUGUCAGAGCGGUGGCAGCAUAUUUACAUACAUGUAAACAAAAGGUUUUCUUGUUAUUCAUCAACUUAGCUGCUCCCUUCUCUCUUUGUCUAUAGUAUUGUUUUCUCUUUUAACGCACAAAAAAGAAAAAAUCAAAUUUAGUGAUCAGGUGGUGUUUGCCAGAAUGUUACGCUUCCUGAUCACUAAAUAAUCAAUUUGUCUCUUUUUUUUUUGUAGGAUUGUAUUUUCACACAGUCUGCUUUAUUCCUACUGGAGCCUUCUGUUAGUAUGACGGCUUUAAAGUAAACAGACCCUGAAUCUGGAAGCCCUUGCUAAUAGAGGCUUUACCUAAUCUGUUCUUAAGGCUGGUACCUCAGCUUACAGCUCUCUUUGUGGCCUUGUGGGCCUGGGAGCACUUAAUGUUUAUUUGUACUGCACUGGUCUAUGCAUGACAGCUUGUCCUUACUAUAGAAGACAAGUCAAAUAAGAAGUGUUAUCUCAUUUUCAACUUGGAUAAAAGUUUGUGGCCUAUCCAGCCACAGGUCCUCUUUCAGGUCAGACACCAACAGCAGCCCCACGGUCACAGCCUUUGCUUUGUGGCGCCUGAAACAAAUCACUGUCUGUCACUUAUUACUUGAAAGAUCAUAGAGACUCCAGCGGACCAGUUCCAAAUCCAUGUACACUUCAGAAACAAUCCUCAAUCUGCUCACUAAUAGGCAAAUGUAGCUACUUUACAAUCUAGUGAACUUUUCUUUUCACAGCUUGUUAUAAUGAGAUACUAAUAUCCUAAAGUAGAUACAGUAUAGCAAGUGUUGUCACGUUUAACAACACAAGUAUACGUUUCAUCAUACUGAGUGGAGGGUUUCUGGCUUUUAUUCAAAUUUUAUUCUAGGUCUCUUGUAUUACCUCUCAACCUUUUUAUGCCUAGCAUCAUCAGUGAAUCAGACCUUCUCUCCUGACUAUAAACCAUAUUUAUAUGGUGCAGUAAUUUAUUUGAUGUGUGCUGUGUGAGUUAUUUGGCAUAUCUGUUGUUAAUUCACAGUGAGGGACUGUGAAUGGCAUGAUUGGGCAAAUUUUUAUUCUUUAACAGUUAAAUUACAUCAAUAUAUUUUCAUAGAAAAAGUGAGCCACAGUGAACCGCAGUUUCUCACAUCAUCCAUCAAACAUUGAGUGUGGUGGUUAGGGCUGGGCGAUAAACCGAAAAUUUACCGAUACCAAAAUUUACAACAAUAACCAACGUCAUUUUGCCCAUAUCAAUAUAUUCUGUGUCAAAUAAAUAAAUAAAAGUUGGUUUUGGAUGUGUGUAGGUAGGCUGUGGUCUCAUGUUCAUUUAAGACCAUUUUUGAAACCCAUCUAAAAAUCCACUUUUAUUCCUUUAUGGCAUGAUUGGGCAAAUUUUUAUUCUUUAACAGGUAAAUAACAUAAAAACAUUCUCAUAGAAGAAGGUCUUGUCUAUAGGAAGACUAAGAGCUCCCAAUACUACAAACAAGAGGUAGAGUGAGCCGCAGUUUUUCACAUCAUCCAUCAAACAUUGAGUGUGGUGGUUAGGGCUGGACGAUAAACCGAAAAUUUACAGAUGCCGAAAAUUUACAGACACCGAAUAUUACGACAAUAACCGAAGUCAUUUUGCCCACGUCAAUAUAUUUGGUGUCAAAUAAAUGAAUAAAUAAAAGUUGGUUUUGGAAGUGUACAGGUAGGCUAUGGUCUCAUGUCCCUUCAAGACCAUUUUUGAAACCCGUCGAAAAAUCCACUUUUAUUCCUUGGUUUUUGAAUAGAAUAGAAUAGAAUAGAAUAGAAUAUUCCUUUAUUGAUCCCCCAUGGGGGAAAUUUUUUUGAGAUGGCAUUUGUUCUAUUGAUUUGUUUUACUGCUUUUUACUUUAUUUUAAAACAACUAUUUAUGGUUGUUUUAUGUUUUUAUGUUAUGUACAACACUUAAUGUCAGCUUUGGUCGUAUUAAAAUGCUCUAUAAUUAAGUUGAGUUGAGUUAAGACGCUGUCCUCCGCCCGAUCCAGUCCGUAACAAAGAGGGAAAGACAGGCGAGGAGAUGGAGGAUGGUUCAAAAGUUGUAGUGGCUGAAGUAGAUGAAGUUAAUAUGGGAGGGGGUGAGCAGCUUGUGGAGUAGUUAUCGUCCAUAUAUAUUGUGAUAUUGAUUUGAGGUCAUACUGCCCAGCCCUAGCGGUGGUGACUUUUUCCACAAAAUACAAAAAGUAGAAAAAUGACAUCAGAGAAACAUCGAACAAAGAUAUCCCAAGAGAAAAAAAUAAACAUCAAGUGUAUUAAAAGCAAAUGCUUGUCUAAGUCAUGAAUAGCUGCGUGUGUCUCACCACUGUUCCACUGCUUGAUCAGUUUUACGCCGCUACAUGUGGCAUUUUUAAAUGUUUUACUCUUUAUUGAUCUGCUCAUGAAGCUCUCAGGUCUCUGUCUUAAAAACAUGUACGGUGUUGGAAGAUUGUGUCCUCCUAGCCCGCCAGUCACAGCAAUAUUCAUAUGUUAUGAUUACAGCUGUAGCUAAACAGUCUAAGAUGAUACUUUACACAUCUAUUGUGUCUUAUCUUAUACAUAUGAGUGGAAGUUUUCUGGCAUCAACGAGCUUCAUUCAACAACUUCAUCUUUUCAUAACAUUUUUAAUUUUUACAGGCCAUUUGUGUAUUGAAUCCAUCUUAAAAGUGAAGGGAAAAAAACAACCUUGUUGUUAAUUUCAUGUCUUGUUCCUCCAACAGCUGUGCCAUACCCUCCACAACAUAAACUGACUGUGAAAGAGCUGUACGAAGAUGGAAAGCCUAAUGCCGAGCUGCUUCGCAAUCACCUCGUCAAAGAGGGCAGGGUGGAAGAAGAUGUGGCGCUUAAAAUCAUCAACGACGGGGCCAACAUCCUCCGCCAAGAGAAGUGCAUGCUGGAAGUAGAGGCACCUAUAACUGGUGAGCAAAAAUUGAUUCUGUGAUGUUCGAGGCACGUUUGUCUCACUGCUGUAGUAUUUUUAAAGAAGACGUAUAACUCUGUGGUACUCGUGGUGCUGUUCUGUAGACGAAACUGAACUCUAACCACUUUGGGACCGUUUAAGGCACAGAAUGAAUAAUGAGCCUUAACAUUAACAUUACGCCGUGAGCUUUCUUGGCCGCACAGUCCAAAAAUAAAUUGGUCCCUUGGUGUUCACAACCACACUAACAUACUUACUCAGAGACAAUAUUUAGCAUUUAGCUUGUUGUCUAUGUCCGCCUUUUUAUUUUACUGAUCGCUAAUAGAAUUGUGCCUUUCCCUCUGUUUUCACUCACCACUUUAUCUCACCUGAUGUCCCACCGACUAAAUUAUCCGACUGGCUACAUGUCAAACCAGACUGAAAGUGUAAUAUGAUAACAAGUUCUCACAAAUAUGCACACACAUCCUUACACCAACAGAUUUUGACUUCAUAAACAAGAUAAAACAAAAGUUAGAAAUCAACUGUAAGUGAAAUGAAGUGACCAGAGAGUGGAUAAUAGUCCUUGGAGGCCCAACUUCUCCGUUUAAGGUUCUGUAAUCCAGUUUAAUAAAGAACCAUUGGGGUUUUAUUCACAAACAUAUGAAUCUUGUAUUGAGAGCCACUGCAGGUCUGCUAGUAGUUCUAAGUGAUGUCUGGAGGCCUGGUGAAUAACAAAAUAUUGAGAACUGCAGUAAUGGGACCAAGAGUCGGGAUCCUCAACAUCCUCACUAUCAGUUUGGUGGACAAUAACCUGCAAGGAGGACUUAACGCAGGUGGUGCAAGCUCUACUAAUGUUCGCCACACUCUGCAAACUAUUUGACAUCAGAUACCUCCAAACUCUUUUUUUUUAACUUUUUGACUAGUAGGUUUGUUGGAACUUAGGUAUAUAUUUCAUACUAUGGUACACUGUAUUUUAUGGCAGCAGGGAUGUAACAAGCCUGCCGCCAUGUACAGAGUGUUCUCGAGCCGAAUGAGUUAAAAGUGACCCUGGCAUUGGACAGUGAACAAAAUACUCCUGUUAGCUUCCAGCCCCUCAGUCUACAGAUACCCAGCUGACAGGCUGCAUCAGCCCAGUGGCAGUUUAAUAGGGUUGCAGCCAAAAAUGCUGAGCUGUUUGGAGAGGUGAGAGAUGAGGGCCAGAUGAGGGGCCAAGGUGGGCGUGCAAACUCAAGGAAACAUCUAAUGGUGUUGUACGGAAAAGGUACAUUAGUUUCGAGAAGCUUGAAGAACUCAAGACUGAGGACCUUUGAAAAAGACUCACCUGCUUGUGCCUCAGAGUCCCUGAAAAUCCUAACAGACACCAAGAACACAAACAGCGUCUGUUACACUGGGAUAGAGAUCCACUCUGUGAGGAAUGAGAUACAGGUGAUGAUGAUGAUGAUGAUGAUUAUGCGAGGGAGAAGUAGAUUCCCCCUUACGCAGGCACUGAGGAACUUUAGCACCUGCACCAUUAACGAUGCCGUUUUUCUUUGGCACGCGCUCUUCAGGGCUCACCACGUGCGAUCGCACUCGCAGAAAUUUUCCGAUUACGUGUGUAACAGACAAUCACUCUCUUUUGGAGACUGUCAAAUGUACCAAAACAAGUCACAGAAAAGAGACUCUGCCUUGAAACCGGCAGCAUCAACAAGUGGUCAUUCAACAAAUCAUGCGGUCAGCUGCAAACAACUUGCAGACCGCCUGAGAAAAAAAGGGAACAUCGGCACUGGUUCGGCUGAGGACUCUCAGCGAAGGUGUAUGGCAAUUAAAAGACUAAAUGGAUUGUUCAAAAAUAGAACUUUCCUACCCACAAACCGGAGUUAUUAAAGCUGCAGCUGCAAAACUAUGUUCAAAUUGUUAAUGGAUUUAAUGGAAGCAUGUUUGUUGCUCUGAGCUGUUUUGGAAAUUUCCCCAUAAAGAGAAAGGCGAGUUUGUUAAGUGUCUCAUCCAGUAUGACAUUUAUGUAAUGGAGGGCGCUCUGUCGUUGGGGUAGGAGGGACGACUGUGGGAAUUGAAGAAGCAGUUUUUGUCUCCAAGUUAAAAAUAUGUAUUUUUGCACAACUGUUGUUGCAGUUAUUGACGUAACACUAAUAACACAGCACUGGUGAAAGAGACGCUGCAGAAACUUUACUCCUUAAGGAUUUUAAAGAAUCACCUACUUUAAAAUCUGCUGGUGUCCUUUUGUAGAUACUCCAAAGAAAGCAUGCUGACUUAUUACCUGUGUGUGUGUGUGGUGUCAGCUGCGCAGCAACAGAGAAAAAAAGCGCUCCAGAGGGUCAUCAUCACCGCUUAGAAGAUCAUAGGCUGCCCUCUACCCUCCCUGAAAGAUCUUUACAGUUCACGCUGCCUCAACAAAGCUCAGGGUAUAUGAAAAGAUCACCAUCUGUUUGAACUGCUGCCUUCAGGCAGGCAUUUCAGAACAAAGACAACAAACAGACUGAGAAACCAUUUUCAUCCUCGAGCCAUCACUGCUCAUGAUGCUUUCAAAACUUGAACUGUGUAAUUUCAACACAUUGAUCUGUGUGGUCUGUACCAGCAGAGUGUAGCAUUUGUGUUGAAUGUAUGGUAUGUUGUGUUUUUCUUUUCUUUUUUGAAUCAAACUUUUGAGAUAAUAUAUUUUUUAUCCUCUGUCACCUGCGGCCUGACAUAUCCCACCUACUGACAGAUGACCCUGAAAGGAGAAAACGGUUGUUAAUGACUUUACCUAAUGAAUGUGUAGUUUGAAUAGAUAUGGAUAGGAGAUCCGAUAUGUUUCCUUGGAGCAGGGUCUCUGAACGGAUAGUUCAGAUUUUUUGAAUUGAGGUUGUGUGAGGUAUCUGUCAAUAGUAAAUUUAUUUUCCACAGGGGGCUCCCCUUAGCCCAGCCCCAAAACUAAGUCUACAACCCACAGCUAAGCUAUCAACCCCUGCAUGCAGGGUCAAUUUUACCCUGUUGUCUAAGUAAUUUUAAUCAAAUCUACUCAAGAUCAGCGGAUAUGUUUUUUUAGGGGCAAUACCAAUACCUAUUACUAGUAAAAGGAAACCGAUAACUGAUAUUCAUUUGCACUAAAAAUUCUUAUUUUGGUGACAAAAUUUUAGAUAAUACCCCUGAACACAGUACACCGUUUGUUUGUUUGGUACACUGUGAAAAUCGGUGAUAAAAAGACCUCAAACUGUUGUAUAAUAAGAUGUACUCUCCUUUCUCUCUCUCCUUCACUGUGGAGCUGCAUCUAGAAGCUUGAGUGUUGGUUGGCUGUCUGUGUAUCUCAGUGGGGACUGUAGGCGGGACAUUGAUCUACAGCCAAGAGUGGUGACUUAAGGCAGAGAGAGACGGCUGCGUAAGAGCCGAAAGAGCGCGUUUUAAAAUAAACUUAUUUUAUUGGCUAUCGGUGGAAAAAAACGGCAGAUGCCAACUGUUGUAAAAAUGCUGAAUAUCAGCCGAUACUAUCGGCUGUGCUGAUUAUUGGUAGCUCCUUAAAGCCCUCAGCACUUGACUCUGCUGUCAGAAAACUACUUUGUCUCAGCACUAUUUAUACAUACCACACACACAUAAUCCUCUCGCAGCAGUGUGCUGAUCGGCUGUUGGGGUUUGUGAUAUAUGGGUCAGCUGGACUUGAGCUCAAUACAGUGAUAUAUUGUGUAUUUUGUGAAUAGUUAAUCUCAGUUAAGGAAGUUUCAACUACAUAAUGUGUGUUGAAACAUUAGCGCCUCACCUACUUCAAACAUAAAAUACAAACCCUGCAUUUUAAGAAAAAGAACAGGAAAAAAUGAGUAAAGACUGUUUUGUGUUCCUUUUGCAGUUUGUGGUGAUGUCCAUGGCCAAUUCUUUGACCUCAUGAAGCUGUUUGAAGUGGGUGGAUCACCCAGUAACACUCGAUAUCUCUUCCUUGGUGACUAUGUAGAUCGAGGAUACUUUAGUAUUGAGGUGAGUAAAUGUGUCUUCAUAUCUUUACUUAUUGGUGUGAAAAAACAAACUUAAAUGUUAAUGCUAAAAACAGCAGUGAGGACUCCUAAAAACACUAAAAAGGAAAAAAAAAAAAAGUUGUUUAAGCUGCUUUUUUUUAAUGGCACCCACUAACCACGACCCUGGAAGUUCCAGCAGAUCAUCUUGGCCAGUAAAUGUGAGGCUCACAGUAAAAACACCUUGAAACAUACAUCAUAGAAAGCAAUACAAACUUGAGAAUAUUACGCAGGUGUUCUCUAACUCAGUCUUAGGGUGUCAUUACUGUACAGGUGUGAUAUUCAUUUAUUCCUUCCCUUUAAGAGUGUGGUAUUUUGCGGUAUUUUAAACCACAGUAUAUAGUUGCACAUUUUUUGCGACUGAAUCUGGUGAUUGUCAUGAUAGGUCGUGCCCUUGCUGAGUUUUGGCCCAAUGUUUAAACAUCGUUUUAGCUUUGGCUGGUUUCUUUAGCAAAGAGACCAAACACAACUCACCUACUCUCCUCCAGCAGCCGCUUGUUUGUGGGGGAGCCCUGACGAGUGGAUCACUGAGUGCUGCGGAAAAUUUUUCAUUAUUACUUCAUGGAAAUGCAAUCAGACUGAGACGCUAAGGCAGAAGAGCUACAUACAGGAGGGCACAUACAAGAUACACAAGAACUCUGAUUGCAUUUCCAUGAGGUAAUAAUCUUAAAUGUUCUUCCUUGAGCUGCGAAACUCCACUACACUCGGUGAUCAACUCAUCAGGGCUCCCCCACAAACAAGCGGCUGCUGGAGGAGAGUAGGUGAGUUGUGUUUAGUCUCUUUGCUAAAGAAAUCAGGCAAAGUUAAAAAGAUGUUUAAUGGCUAGUACUAUAACUGGGACUCUAUAUGUACUGUUGAUAAAGUUAGGUGCUGUUCUGAGCAUUAUUUGUGGCUGUAGAGUGGCGUUUUGGUUGAGGUUUGCGCGUGGAGACGCAGACUGCUGUGUUCUGCUACCGUGCAGUCGUUGCUGAAGUUAGUAACUAGAGAAGCAAGCAGUCGGCAACAUUCUUCUCUUGGGGGGGUGUCUAACUCGGUGUUACAGUGUGUUUGACUGUAACUUAAAUUUACGCCAGAAUAUCCCUUUAAAGAUACAGCUGUACCCAUAUUUAACAUGUUGAGGCUGUUUAUUCUGUCGGCACUUGCGAUGCAAAGACAUAAACUGUCUCUGCACCUGCACCGUUUCAGUUCCUUAGGUUUCACCAGAACGGUGUCAAGUUCCAUCAUUCUUAUCAUGGGAAAUAAAACCUUGAAUUCAACAGUGAGCUACGGGCAAAAAUGGUGCAAAUUUAAACACUUUCUGCAGUGCUGCUUUGCAGAUGACAUUUCUGUGACUCUUGUAUCAGCAGUCUUUUGCUGUCAAGGCUGAAAAACAAUUCUAAACCUACCAAUGUAUUGUCAGCUCUUGCCUUCUGUUUGGGGUUUCCUCAACUCCCCUGAUAUCACUUUUUUCACUGUUUGUCUGCCCAGUGUGUUCUCUACCUCUGGUCCCUCAAGAUCAACCACCCCAACACACUCUUCCUACUACGUGGGAACCAUGAAUGCCGGCACCUCACAGAGUAUUUCACCUUUAAACAGGAAUGUAAGUUGAGUGUUUUUAUACCAUGUCAAGGUAUUUAAAAUGUACAGCCUUAGAAUCAUUUUGCGAUGUGUUUUUGCAGCAACAAAAUCUGUAACAGGCAUCACACCCGAUGCUGCAUUUAGCUUUGAUUUUAAAUCAUUUUUACACCAAAACAAGAAUUGAUCAUUACUGAGUACUGAAACACUAAAUCUAGUGUGCCUGGUUGUUUCAGGUUUUUAAAAGCAUGUACAAGAUGAAAUCCUUCUGCCUAUCUAUGUGUUUUCUGCUCGUUCAUGUACUAGGCAAGAGAAGUUGAAGCUGUCAAGCUAUAAGAAUUGUAUCCUCUGGGCCUUGAACUCAAAACCUUGGACUCAAAAGAUCAAACAUAACCUCUACAUGUUGAGCUACACGGACAGAUGAAUCAAAAAUCUGUCGAGAUUGUUUGUGCAUAAAUAUAGUGUGGCUAUGUAGUCAUCAAUCAAGCUGAAAUGUUGGGUGACAGGUGUAAAUCGUGUUCCAGGAUUAGUUUUUAAGUUUAGAACAGGACAUGACCCAUGAAUUGGUUCGCUUUUGUAGUGUAGCUAAUUGUACAUUAUUAGUGAGUAAAAUGAGCUUUAAAAAUUGAAUCAUACUUUCUGUGUUGUCCCUAUGUGAUUGCUACAGGUAAAAUUAAAUACUCCGAGCGGGUAUAUGAUGCAUGUAUGGAGGCCUUUGACUGCCUGCCCCUUGCAGCCCUACUCAACCAACAGUUCCUAUGUGUACACGGGGGACUGUCACCAGAAAUCAACUGCCUAGACGAUAUAAGAAAAGUAAGUGAUCAAUCACUGACACUUCAAUUUGUAAAUGAAUUAUGAAAUUACGUAAUAAGCUUUGAGAUACCGUUGAUUUUAAUAUUUUCUGUUCAGGUGUCAAAUGAGCCAUAGACUCUGUUUUCAUGUGUGUAACACAAGACACUCUUAAUCAUUUAGUAUCUCUAUCUCAAAUCAGUGUGUUUUUGUUUUGUACUCAACAGUUAGACAGGUUUAAAGAGCCUCCAGCAUUUGGACCAAUGUGUGACCUGAUUUGGGCUGACCCCGGUGAAGACUAUGGAAGCGAAAAAACAUCUGAACACUUUAACCAUAACUCCGUCAGAGGAUGUUCUUACUUUUUCAGGUAUGAUGUUCCUCACACCUGCUGCAGCUUCACUUUAAUUCACUUUAAUUUAACUUGAAUAAUGCGCCCACAACAGAUUCAAAUAUAGCACUUUGUGAUGAGAUAAAGCUUUCUUGAGGCCGAUAUCAAAUUUAAAAAAAGAAAACAAAACGCAUAGAAAUAAGUGUAUAAAUAAAGAACAUAAAAAAGCAACAUAAGUAGGAGAAAAAAAGACUGAGGAAACAAAGAAAGAAAAAAGAGAGAAGCAAGCAUGAAAAGUAAACAAAAAAAAGAAAAAGAAAAUAGAAAAAAAGAAACAAUCUAAAAAAGCAAACAAAUAAGCAGACAAACAGAAAGAAGAAAAAAGCAAAGAAAUCAAAAGUAAGACUAAAGAAAUAAAGAAAAAUGUAAAAAAAAAAAAAAAAAAAGAAAACCAAAGACACAAAAAAAGAAUUAAAGGAUUAAAGAAACUGAAAUAAAAAAAAAUCAAACAAAAAAUAAAGAGAAACAAAUGAACAUAAAAACAGAGAAAACAAAAAAUGAAUAAAAACAAAAAGAGACAGAUGAAAUAAAGGUAAGUUAAAAGGAAGGAAGAAAAAUGUGUUCACAGCUUUAUAUCUGAAAAUAAUAUGUAUUAUAAUUGGGUUGUUAGGGUGUAUUAUUUGUGACGUAAAUUUCUCUCCUCUUUCCUCAAUCCUCUGUACUUCAGGAAGCUUUAAGAGCGUGAUGUGGCAGAGGGAAAGUUUGUUUGACUAAGGACGAAGGACAGUACAGAAUAAAUAUUAUUCAAAAGCUUUGGGAUGCAGAGCAAAUUUACUCACACCCCUUAUUGUGUUUCACGCACAAAAAUAUCUCAGUUGUUGUGACUCUUUCCCUUUUUCUCGCCUCGAUAUUUUCUACAUGUCCACAUGCACUAUAACCCAAUGUACAUAGAGCUAUAGGAGCCCUUUAAUAAUAUUUGCUGUCUUAAUUUAAAUUGAUUUCAGAACAAAAGUUACACUGGCUGACCAAGAAUUGGUCUUAACCCAAGACAUUAACAGGGACAAGUUUUCCACCUGAAUAAGGGAGUUAGUUAAUUUCAUAAUAUUGAGAUAUUUGUGAACAGUGCCAAUCUGACAGAGACAAAAAAACAAACAAGUUACAUUUUUUACUGUCAGCUCUGUGAAUCAAAUGAAUUCUGUGACACAAGUGGACGAUUCUUUUUCUCUAGUAUUCACUUUCUGGCACAGAAAAUUGAUCUUGUCUGCAUGUGAUGACCGGUUAAGACAGAGCAUAAUAAAGCUCAUGUUGGUAGCGAACAUUAAUAUGCACAACCCCAUCGUGUCUGAACACAUCAUGUGUAGGUUACAGUGUGUGAUUGCAACAAACUCAGUGGAAUGGUUGUCUUCCAUGAGUCAAGAUUGAUCAGUCACACCUAAAAAAAUCACUGUUUACCACUCAGUAUCUUAUACCUGUAGCUCAACAAGCCAAAGAUAUGGUCUCCUGAAAGUAUUUUCAUAGCUAGACAGCAGUACCUUGAGUCAUAAACAGCCUAAUACUUUGCCUUUUGGUUGUUUUGGUUUAUUUAAUAAUUUUGCUGUAUCUUUUGUUCUCUUUCUUCCAGUUACUCUGCAGUUUGUGACUUUUUGGUAAAUAAUAACUUACUGUCAGUGAUAAGAGCCCAUGAAGCUCAGGAUGCGGGGUAAGUACUAAACAGAUUUGUGCUGAGUAAACUGCGUGUCACAAAUCAGGAUUUGAAGUCCUUUUGUUUUUGGCUCGACAGGUAUCGGAUGUACAGAAAAAGCCAGACGACAGGAUUCCCUUCAUUAAUCACAAUCUUUUCGGCCCCAAAUUACCUUGAUGUCUACAACAAUAAAGGUGUGUGUUUCAUGUCUGGCUCACUUAAAUGUAAAUUUUUUACCUAAAUUGACAAAUCUUCAAGCCUUAAUAAUCUCCUUUUGCUGGUUUCUCUCUGUCAACACUAGCUGCUGUUUUAAAAUACGAGAACAACGUGAUGAAUAUCCGACAGUUCAACUGCUCCCCACACCCUUACUGGUUGCCCAACUUUAUGGAUGUCUUCACUUGGUCUUUGCCUUUUGUGGGAGAAAAAGGUAUGUUUUAUGUUCAGGGGUCUUUGCUGACUUGGAUACCAGUAUCUUUCUCUUUGUAAAAUCACUGAACAAGAGUGAAUUUGAAAUAACAAAUACUGAAUUAGAACAAAGCUGUUCACUGAGCACCGAUGGUCAAACCUGCUAAGUGCAAAAAUCACUUAGAUUUCACGACAAUCCAUUAAGAUUGCUCAUCGCUUGCUCCAAAAAAGAAAUAUAGAUUUGUGAUAUCACAUAGUCUAUGAAAAGAAUAGGCUACUUUGAAAGCAACAGCGUUAGUUUACUUGUAAGUAUGGGGAAUGACAUGCAGCACAGGGUCAUGGCUAGACUACAGGGUCAAACUGGACCACUGAAACCACCAAUUUACAUCUUACAUCUAAACUUUUUAUGUCACAAGUAAAGAAAACAUUCAACCCUCAUGAUCUUCAGUUCAGAAGGCCUCUCCUACUCAGCCCAACAUCUCAACCAUGCUACUCUGAGAACUGCGGUUGUGAAAGUAACCUAAAGUUCUCUGUCAAAGCAUUUGUUUGAACGUCUCACUGUGGAGUAUGGAGACUCCUGUGUUCCCAGACAAGCUUAUCUGAAAUGACUGACAAAGACCUUUUCCACGCCUGGAUGUGUGGAUGAAGCAGGUCCACUGAGGAAAGCCACACUCAAAACAGCGUGGGUCACGCCCAGUUAAUAAGGCUGACCAUAUUCUGAAUCCCCAAAAAGAGGACACUACUACGUGGGGUGGAGUCACAGAGUCGCAUGUAGUAAAUUUUGAGGGUUUUUCGGGUCAGGUUGAAUGUUUUUUUCAUGCUUCUUACUCAGUUAGUCCACGCCACACAAACUCAAAACUUCCAUACAAAACUCUGGACAUUGGAAGGAUUUCAUAAACUCCCCUGGACAAGGUCAGCCCCCCAAAACAAGGACAUGUCUGGGUAAGAGAAGACGACCCUGCAGUUAAUAAAACCUAGCAAACCUAAGUGAAGGGGGAUGACCAGCUAGCUGCAGAGCAGAUGUCUUAGAUUGAGACUCAAGAGGUCACAAGACCCUUGGUAGAAUGGGCCCACAGCCCAGCUUGAGUCUGGAGACCAGAGCUGGAGUAGGCCAAACCACUAGAGUCUACUAUCCAGUAACAAAGCCUUCGCUUAAUAACUGGUUUAAAAUUCUGGUCUCUGAAUUCCUAAUUAAUUCAUAAAUCUACACCAGCUUCUAGUCUCUGCUUGCAUCAAAGUCAAAACUGUGCCUACAGUAGCAAAAACUGCUCCUGUCUUCCUGAAAUCACUCAUUCAGGUCUUCGUUCCCAGUACUCCCGUCACAGCAGGGCCUCCAGUCAAUAGCCAGACUGUUCUCCACUGCUGUUCCCCUGUGGUGCAACUCCAUUCAUUCAGCAGGGUCCCUUCUUUCUACCUCUAAGAAAAAGCUAAAACCCUGCUUUUCAGGAACGCGUUUGCAUUCAGGCAAGACUCCCAUUGGAAGUCUUGGAUUCAGUGCUUUUGUAAAGUGAUGUAAAUGCAAGUGUUGGUUUUAACAAAAAAGCCUUGAUUUUAAUGAUGAUGAUGAUGGCUCUCUAAACUUUAAAGGAUACAAAAUAGCUAGCAUAAAUCCAGGUACAAUUUUGUGAUGCACAGACUCAAUUCAUGAGGACAUCCAGCAAGAGUUCAGAGCAGAGAUUUAAUGCAUUAGGAGGCAAAAAUAGGAAAUGAAACCCCUUACGUGUACAAAUCUGCACCCUAAGACCUUCACAAAAAUCUUAUCUCAGUCAUGACUUGAUAACAGACUCGAUUUUGAAAUGACUUCUCUGCCUUACAGUCACGGAGAUGCUGGUAAAUGUUCUGAACAUUUGCUCCGACGAUGAACUCAUGUCAGAGGGAGAUGACCUCUAUGAAGGUAAGACUGAAUAAAAAGAAAUAUAUCAAGAAUAUAUCCUGAUAUUGUGAAAGGCACCACGCCUGUUUUUCUUGAUAUUCCUGGACAGUUUUCAUUUUGAAUGCAGUUUAACAUUUGAUCUGACUCUACAGAUGUUUACGUGCAUGUUUAGUUCUUAAUUCUCAGAUUUUAGUGCAGUAGUCCGGAUCGUAAGUGGUUAAUUUUGCCCUGGAACAGCAUAGAUGUUGGUUGUCUGCUAAUGUGUGAGCAACCUGUUUGUGACCCACCAUUAACCGCGGUCUCAUAAUUGUCUUCUGAUGUGUAGUAAGGAUGGGAACAUUAAGUGCUGUUAUAAUGUUGCACUGCUGUGUUACAGAUUGUUAGUCAUAAAAUCAAAGGGAACUGACUGUUAGUUCAAGUAAUUUAGUCCUCAGUUCAUUGUUAAACACAAAUCAGGCAUUUCUCCUUGUUUUCUUCAUAGAAACCUUUUUAUUUUUAUUUAACUUAAUAUGAGUGCAAAGAAAGACCAACAACAGCAUUGAAUCCUCAAGGUGUCUGUUCCUAAUGUUUUGGACUCGUUUCAGGGGGAACCUCAGCAAUGCGCAAGGAGGUCAUUCGGAACAAAAUCCGUGCUGUUGGGAAAAUGGCCCGAGUCUUCUCAGUCCUCAGGUGAGUAACUAAUGUAUAACCAACGCUCUGUCUUUGAUUAACCUCUUUCUCAUGACUGAUCUAACAUCAACAGACUCCUCUUAGUGUCUGUGAUUUAUGUGGAUAUAAUCACUGGAAUCAGGUGGAGGCACAGGGAAGUUCUCCCCUGCCAAACAAAACACAGAGCAAGAUAGUGCAGGUCUUAUAAAAUUACAGGAGAGAGUAGAAAGUAUAUGUGGGAUCCAGUAACAUAAAUGAAGCCAAGAGACAGACUGCUUUGAGUCACUUAUCGCGUGUUUCUUCUUCAUUUCUAACCAGUGAAAAUGUCUCAAACACUCACCCUCAUAUGAUAUUGACCAGAACUGACUGUAAUAAUGUAUUGCGUUGGCAUAGCAACAUAAGCACUCUACUGCAUGCAUACAAUCCUAUGUAUACAUGCAUUUCUAUGAAUUAUCAUUGCAUCCAAAAAAAUGACUGUCAUCUCUCAUGGAGUGUGUCUUUAUUUUACUGAUGUACAAAAGAGAAGAGGCUUACUGCCAGUGGACUAUAACUUUGAUCAAUUUUUUGUUUUGUUUGUUUCAAUAAUUCUCAUGAUGAGUGCUUUCAUAACCAUCAACAGUGUGUCAAAUAUUGUUCAGUUACUUUUCUAGACCAGCACUGUGUUCAGGUCAGAAAUCAAAAUGAAAAGAAAUACAUUUUGGGCUCCAAAGACGUUUAUUUUUUGUUGCGUUCCAGAUAAAGACACUUAGCUGAUAUAAAUUAAUUAUAUUAUUAAUAGCAUUUGAUCAUUGUGACCAGGUUUCAAGUUUUUCCCUUUUUUUCUUUUGUUGUGAACAAGGGAGGAAAGCGAAAGUGUAUUACAACUGAAGGGCCUGACCCCGACGGGAACUCUUCCUAUGGGUGUGUUGUCUGGGGGAAAGCAGACCCUACAAACUGGUAAGUAUGUUAAAUGCUUUAGAUAAAUAAACGGACCAUGUAGGGUGUUCUCUAGUCUUCUGACAACUCAAAGCACUUUUACAUCACAUGUCACAUUCACACACUGAUUAACUAAUUCCAUUGACCCACAACUGGGCGCAACCAGUGGGGUUGGGGUCAGGUGUCUUGCCCAAAAACCCUUUGGCAUGUGGACGACUCUGGGAUCAAACCCCAGACCUUCCAAUUGGGAAACAACCAACUCUACCACUGAACCCCAGUUGCCCCUUACAACUCUAACUUUGCAAUGUGGACCUACAGUGUUGCUUCUAGUAGAGAUAGAGGUGCUUUAGCUAUCUGUCCCUAUGUCCAGUCAUAGACUACUUUCCAUGCAUGCACCUUUGAAAGCCCCCAGAUCACAAACAGCAAGCCCACCACAGGAAACCACCACCUAAAUUUUGGUUCAGCCGUGGGCCGGGUAAACGCAGGGCAGACUGUUACCUGGAGGUCAGUCCUAACCCUCUGAUCUAAAUGUCAGAACCUAUCCUUGUCCAUUAGAGGACAUGCUGGGAGUCAUGCUUUGCCAUGCUGGAGAUUUUCCACAGAAGCUGCAAAGAAAACCUGUAAUGACCUUUUGGAGAAUGUCACCGUCCAUGACUUCUCCUCUAGCCUUUGCUUUGUACAACAGCGAGCAAGUGAUUUUGUAAGUCUUGUGUUUUAGAGCCACAAUAGACCUCAUUUUUACUGCUGCUACCUUCCUGUGGCGUUAUGCUCAAGGUGGGAAUAUCUUAUGUUGUUAUAUACCGAGCUUCUUUUUACCAACACUGCCUGCCCACUCAAGUUUUCUUCUCCCAUUCACCUCACUGCACUACAUGCCUGUCUGACCACUAUGGGAUCCAGAGCCUUCAGCUGCACUGGCCCCCUCCUUCAAGAAAUCCAUAAUGUCUGAAUCAGAGCCCUGAAACCACUAAUCUAAGACAUUGUAGUACUUUUAAAGGGAUAUUCCAGCGUAAAAUUAAGUUAGGGUUAAACACACCAUAACACCGAGUUAGACACCCCGUCAAGAGAUGAAUGUUGCCGACCGCUUGCUUCUCUAGUUAUACCAACUUUGUUAAUGACCGCACGAUAGCAAUACGAUAGCAAUCAUUUUGGUUUUGCCUGAUUUCUUUUGCAAAGAGACUAAACACAACUCACCUACUCUCUUUCAGCAGCUUCUUGUUUGUAGUGAGACCUCAGGCCAGUCCAUCACCCAGCUGAUGAAGUUAGGUGCUGUUCAGAGCAUUAUUUGUGGCUAUAGAGAGGCGUUUUGGUUGAGCGCGUGGCUCUCUGUAUUGCCAUUGUGUGGUUGUUACUAAAGUUGGUAUAACUAGAGAAGCAAGUGGUCAGCAACAUUCAUCUCUCAACAGGGUGUCUAACUUGGUGUUAGGGUAUGUUUGACCCUAACUUAAUUUUACGCCGGAAUAUCCCUUUAAGUCAGAUGUCAUUUAUCCUUUUAAAGAGAGAGCUUGGUUUUACACCAAAAGAAAGAGAAUCCAGUUAUUUAUGUCAUUAGAUGUGUUCAAGUAUACAACACACAUUAUCUCUACAGUACAGUGUUGUUUUCAUUGACGAUGACGUUGACGAAAAUGUUUUGUCAACGUCAUCGUCAACAAAAACAACACUGCGGAAUAUAUGUUUAGCGUUUGACUGACGAAAUGCUCAUGAAUUUUGCAACUCUGUUCGUUGUCCACCACUAACGUUUUCGUCUAGUUUCGUCAACGUAAACACACAUUCGUCUCGUCACAUUUUAGUCGUCUAAGACUUAUGUUUAUGUUAUGUUUAGCUCGUCAACGUCAUGUCGUGGAAAAAUAGGGGUGUUGACGAAAUAUUUUCAUCAACAGAAACAAAACUGCUACAGUAAAAUUUAAACCAUGUAAACUUCCCAUGUUACUCAACCAAACUUCAACUUUGACAUUGCUCUCAGCUCCAGUCCACAUAAAUGUCACUCAGCCUAGUCGUCGUUGCUCACUGAGGCCUGAGGCUCUUAGGACUCAGCCAAAUCCCCCUCAGCUCUCCCCACCUAAGUCCUGAAGACCCUUUAACACCAACACUAUUUUAAAUCUCAAACAAGCUUUUCACUCUGUGAGAAAGUCUGUACAGCUGCUGUGAUUUUAGCAUCAAUGAUGGUUGUAUCAUGGCUGUUAGUUAUUAUUUCCCAUUUGUUCCCCCCUCUGGUAAUUACUAAAGGGUUUACAUUUUGAUAUUACUGUUCUGUGUGUUUGAUGACUCCCUUUUGUCCCCCUCCCAAACUCUUAUUUAAAUAGCUACAGUCGAGGCAGCUAAAGCAAAAGGUAUGGAUGGCUGUGUGCCUUCUCUUUCUCUGUGUGUUGUUCAUCCUUUUAACCCAGCCCCACCCGUCAGUGCAUCUUUGUUUUGUUGAUGUUAGUCUUCCCGUAGUGUCCCCACUGUAUUUACCCCACUGAUUAUUGUGCUCUGUUAUAUGACUUUAUUGAUGGCUGCUCUUGCAUUACCAGCAUCUGUUUGAUCAUUUUAAGUUGUUUUUAACAGAUUUUAACAGAUUUAACUGACAGAAAUGAGUCCUAGAAUAGGGAUUGAGUAACAAUGUGUCAACUGUAGGAGCUAUUUUAAGAGAUGUAACAUGGUAACAUGAUUUAAAGUAACUAGAGGAUGGGUGUGAGAUUGUAAAUGUAGAACAGGAGGAGUACGAGGAAUACUACCUCUAUACUGUGAGAGGUGUGAGCCUUGAAAUGACUGACGAGACUUCUCAUUUGUGUUUGCAGUCAUCAUUUAUGAAUAUACUUUUCGCUAACUGUGUUCACGUGGGCUCUUUCUUACAAAGCGUGGCCGGCCACAGAGAGAAAAGCCUGCUAAGACUUGGCUAGGAUAAGGCUAGGGACAUCCCUGCCUGGGAUAUUUUCAGACGCUAAUCUUGUUACACCAUUUUGCUGCUGCUACACUGUCUGCACCUUUUGGGUUAUAGUGACUGUCAGUCAACCAAUAGCCGUGAACUGUGAGAGCUGCUCGCUUUUGAAGAUUUAAUCAUGCAAAACACAUCAAUAGAUGCAAAGUAAGCAAAACAAGUACAGGGGCAGUGUGUACAGGCAGCAAAGCAAUGGCAUCUAUAUUUGUUUGAUGUAACCACACACCCCAAUGGAGUUUAUUUCAACUCAUAAAGGUAUGAUAUUGUUGACUUCCACACCCCUACCACUUAAAGUAGCAGAGGGAACAGUUUUUCUUCAUGUUUCAAAAUAACAUGAAGCUAAAAAAGUAGACCAGUCUGACCAAGUUAAUAUUUCAAUUGUCUUAUAUGCUGUGAGGAACUUUGUAUUUGGUGCCCUAAGAACAAAACUUCCUCACUUAUUUUGACUUUCAGUCUAUUUCAUAAAUGUGAGGAAACUCCUCAUGGGGGCUUAAACUUUGGGAAAAGUAUCCAAAAUCUUUAUUACUUAUUUUCAGCUCUUUAACCUUAAGAUGUUCUCUUCUCUACUUUCAGCGCUCUCAAAUUAAUUCGUUUACUUUAGGGAUAUGUGGCAGAAGUGGUUCCCAAACUUCUGCUACAUAUCUCCCUGUUCUUACGGCCCUGGGUUUGAAUCAUAAAAAGUAGAUACAGUGAAUGUUUUAAAUGAAUACCAUCAUUCAUUUCUGGUUUGUUUAUUGAUCCACCAUGAAACGGCCCUCACAGGUAGGUAUGCCACACACUGGCCAAUAGGGAUGUCCCGAUCCAGUAUUGAUAUCAGAUAUCAGUCCGAUAUUAGCAAAAAAAAUUAAUAUCGGAUUAUAUCCGCCUGCAUCUAAAAUCUCCAAUAUCAGCACUUUGAUACGAGCAGUCUAUUCCAGACUUCACCAGUACUCAGAUCCAGCAUGUAGAGCCCAUGUGGUCACAACAAUAGUGUACUAACAAAGUAUCAAGGAGUAGGAGUGAUGUCCACUGUGUGGCAGUAUUUUUCAUCCAAUUCUGAAAAAGACGUUGCAGCUGAGUGCAAAACUUGUCAUGCACAAGGUUGUGCCAAUAUCAGAUCAAUAUUGGUAUCGGCCAUUACUGAAGGUUACAAUAUCCUUAUCGUAUUGGAAGUAAAAAAAACUGUGUCAGGACACCCUUACUGGCCACCACUGGCAUGACGUUUUCCAGCUGAUGCUAGGAAACAUGUACUGUGCAGUAUGUUCAGCCUGAGGUUAACUUUUAACGUCGCCACAUCACACCAGUCUUUUUUUUCUCUUUUUGGAUAGUUAUGAUAAUAAUAAUAAUAAUAAUAAUAAUAAUAAUAAUAAUAAUAAUACAUUUUAUUUAUAAUGCAUUUUUACAGGUGCUCAAAGACGCUUUACAAAGAAAAUAAAAACACAAUUUCUAAUACAGAAAAUUUUGAGACAAAAAACCAACAGUGUAAAAGGUUAAAAAGACACAAUAUGAAAAGACAAGAAAAGAACCAUUCACAGGUUAACUAUGUAGUACCCACAGGCUUUAGUGUCACAGAGAUCUGGUUGUGCAAGAGUACCCACCAGUACUGAGUUUGUGUAGCUGUAAGUCCACCUGUAGACCCACACCUCAAGACGUUCAUUCUUGAUGUAACUUGAUUUCUGAAAUGAUUUCUGAAAAGAGUUUGUCCCUCUCCAAUUGUGUUUUUUGUCUGCUCACCUUUUCCGUCUGGUUUCUCGGCUGUUUCUGGACUUUACCGUAAGUCUACAUGGUGUAUGAUGAUGUCUCUCUAUGGUGUGUCCCACUGUGUAUAAUAUUUACAAAUCAUCUGUUCUGUCCUAGGCUGAUAGUUUGUUUUCUGCAUUUCACAUAAACUAGAAAAGGAUUUUUACUGAUGCAGAUGAAAAAGCUAAAGACACGGUUUAUAGCAGAUAUUUGCAGCAGGAGAUGAACCCGGUGGUUUGAAGUCUGUAACUCUCGUCUUUGAUGUCCCCUUUACUCUUUAGCCAUUCAAGGCUUCUCUCCUACAAGAAAGAUCCGCAACUUUGAGGAGGCACGUGGCCUUGACAGGAUAAACGAGAGGAUGCCGCCACGCAAAGAUGGCCAGCAGCCAGAUGGCACCACCAUCAACUCAAACAACCCCAACAAGAACGGCACUGACGGAUAGAGCACUUGCUUCCCGAUUUCAAACAGCCCACACCAACUGACUCACAGUUCUCUGCCUCUAUCUCUCUUCCAGUCCACCGCGCUGUCUUUUUUCUAAAGAAACUGUCUAUGGUUCUGGCAGAAAAAGUGAAGUGGACACAAAACAAAAAAAAAAGCCGUAGAGCUGAAAAAAAAAGGCACACCAAUCAUAUUUAUUUAACUCAAAUGUAAUGAGAGAUUUUGGCAAUACUUUAUUGACUGAAGAUAUUUUGCAGUUGUUCAAAGCUAGACUGUGAACAGAAGUCCAAAUUAUAUCAAGAAGAAUUUUAUGAGUAUGAGUUGACAAUGUAGAUAGAGUCUUUGUUACUUGGGAAAUUUUAGUUUCUUUCAGUUUUUGUAUUGUUGUUCUCCUUUUAUUUGGUAAGAAAUUAAGUACAAAUACUGUAGCCUCAAAGCCUCAUUCGGAUCUUGCAAGAGUCUCAAAGUGCGGUACUUAUUGGCACUACAGAGAAUCUACAUACAGUGCAGUUAUAUGUGUCAAGUAAAAGUGAAUUAUCUAUAUAUGUAUUGAUAGAAAAACAAAUAGGGGAAGUCGGUUCACACAAAUAUUUUUUCUCACAUCUGAAAUUUGAUUGUCCAAAACAACAUUGAUGAAUCCUCAAAGGUGCUUAAUGGAUUUCCGCUCAGUAUGAAACAGUUCAAAUGAAGGAUCAAUGCUUGAAAUCAAAGGAUAGUUGUUGUCGGUGACUGUCCCGUAUUAGUUGCGUUCGCUUGAUGCUAGCUAGGAAGCUUCUCACUCUGCUAAACCAAAAAAAAAAUGGUAAGUGCAGCUUUUUCUUCGGUCACCAUGUCAGACCUGUGUGUCAGUUCUCCUUAAGACAGCUUAAAAACACUUCUUUCUCGACUCUGGCAUCAAGAUAAGGUGAAGCUGUUCUUCUGUUGUUAUUUUGGACUUGGGAGGUUGUGUUGAUGUUCAUUGUAGCUGGCAGAAUUUAUGAAAACAUAACAUAUUACGCCUGUUUAAUUUAAUGCUAUAUUAGUCCGACACUAUGAAAGGGGAAAAGAUUUUGCAAAAGUGUCGACAUAAAUCGUUUUAUUUACGUAAUUCUGAUGCUUUUUGAAUGAGAGAAUAAUCAUUUUUACACAACAAACCUCAUUGAGAAGGAUUACAUUAUUUAAACAAUGCUGAUCCAACCAAAAUCUAGUGGACUGAGUCAUCCCUUCUAACAGGAUUAAAGCAGUAAAGGUACGGACAAUCAGCUGCUAAAGGCACAACAGUUAAACUAUUUGAGAUUGUGAAGGAUGAUGUGCGUUAUGUCUUUUAAUCUGAAGUACACGGUCGGUUGCUCAGUUCUCCUCUGGUCUUUAAGAAACCAUACCUCCUCACAGGUACUCCAGCUUUUAUUAGCGCAUACAACCAUCUCAACUGGUGCCUCAACACACCUGACCGUGACUCUGUCGUUUCUUGAAGAAGAAAGGAGGGAAAGCUUUAAAAAAUUGCUCUUGUGAUUUCUUUUAAAUGAGGUGUUUGCACUCAUGUGCCAUGCCACCUUGGCCACACAUGUUAAGACCUGUAUUUGAGUGUUUGUGGAUGGUGAACAGAGUGUAGCUGGGGUACUUUCAAUCACAAAUAAUUAAGAUUUUAUGAUAUUUCUGUUAACCUUGAUAUCCUUAAGAAAUUUUCAAAAUGUUGAACAUUGUAUUCAGUAGAUGCUUCAUCAAGAUUCAGUAUUUUGGUUUGCAGUCAUAACUGUGAUGUGAAAAUUUGAAGAUGAGGAUUUUUUUGUAUGAGCCGUUCACCAUACCGACCUCGUGUUAGGUCAUUUAUAUAUCUUGCAGAAUGUAAGAAUAUUGUUAUUAAGAAAAAGGCUUUAGCCGUCAAAAGGAUUGAAAAAUGUACUGUUUGUCAUGCAAGGCCAUGAAAGCUUUUGAAUAGAUGUAUGACUUGAAGAAAAAAAAAGAAUAAAAUUCAAAUAGUGUCUCUUUGAAUUUUGGUGGUUUCUUCGUAAGCUGGCAUUUAUCAAUGAUGCACGUAGGUCGGCCUGCUGUUAACAAAAUGGAAAACAAGGACAAAAAAAAAAGAGUCAAAAUGAGGCUCUUAAAGUAAAUGUGGAAAAUGAGUAAGAGGCUAUGAGUAAACCAUUGAUCAACCAUG